AUGGAAGGACUGAUUCCGGUGGUCUACCGAUCUCUCAAGAGGAACAAAAUCCGACGACGCUACGAAUGCUUAUCGUCGGGCGCAGCUCAUGCCUACAACAUCAAAGAUUUCGAUUAUCAUGAUCAAGAUCAUAUUCAUGAUCGUCGCGAUGAUCAUUUAGAUGGGGGCCGGAACAGGCGGUGUAGCUCUCUUAAGGUCGACCACACGAGGAGCUUUGAUGCAGUGGAUGACGCAUGCGAGCCUAAGAGGCUCGUGAGGUUCCGGAGCUAUAGAAUGGUUUCGUGUUUAUCAUGUGCUGCGUAA